UGGAAGUUGUGUGUUCUGUGUUGUGUGUAUUUCUAAUUUCUAUAAGUGUAUAUCUGCCCCUCAUGUACGUUGUAGUUUACUUUUUGGCGCCAUAAAUAUAUGAAAAAGAUAAUUAUAAAUGUCCGAAAUGGAGUCUAAUGUGAAGAAAUACAUCAUUAGUGUUCUCACCUCGUCACCACUUACUAUGACGAUAAAUCAGCUGAGUAAGGACUACAGAAAUAUGCUCGGGGAGGAAAUACCAUACCACAAAUUAGGAUACAAUUCCAUGGAACAUUUCUUGAAAUCUAUCUCUGAUACAGUACAGGUUAAAGGCAGUGGGCCCAUGGCAACAGUACUCCCUGUCAUUUCUGAAAAGUCCAAGCAUAUAAAUGAACUUGUUACAAAUCAAAAGAUAACUAGGAAAAAGACUUCACACAGGCAAUCCUUCCCCAUUCAACAGAGGAAACAUCUCCAAUAUCAAAAACCAGUAAUCACAAAUCCUUACAAACAACCUGGUACACAACCUCAACGCCACAAGAUUUUUUAUCCACCAAGCGAGAGCAGUUCCUCAUAUCAAAGCUAUCCUGAGAAACCAGUCCAAAAACCAGUUGAUGAACCAGUCGAGAGACCCAAUCAGCAACCAGUUCUGAAUACAAGUACACCUGAAAAUCGUGAACGAAAUCCCUCUAAGUUGAAUUUAGCGACAAAUAAAUUGCCCGAGAAGAGCCCAGAUAUUUACAAGAGGAUUGUUGAUAGUCAUAUGCCAAAAUCUAGCUCAAGUGUUGAAGAAAAGAGUGAUUCGCAAAAUUCCCCUGGCUGUGGCAGAACUAAAAAACUUGUAUUCGAUAGAAUACCGGCUGAGGUAGGCGAUAUUCAAAGCAAUGUCCCUCUACCAAUAAGAGAAAAUCUAAAGUUUUUGAUAGGACAACAUGAAAAUGGGAUAUGGUGUGCAGAUCUUCCCAAACUCUAUAGGUCAAUGUUUUGCAAGGAUAUAAACUAUGAAGAUUUUGGUUAUGCAAGCUUGAGCCAACUUUGCAUAUCGUUACCCUCAAUAUUCCACUAUUGUCGUCCUUCUGAUUCUGAUUUCAGAUUGUAUGAUAGAAACAAAACCCUUGCCACCAAGUGCAGAGACAAAAUUCACUGUUGCCAGUUAUACUGUUGGAAGUAAAAAUCUAAAUGAAGGUGAAAUCUGUGCUUUGCCAAAUAUUGAGGUAAGGAGCAUAAUAUAAU